AUGAGCACGACUGCAGGCCUUUCGCGCGAGAAGUUGGAGGGGGAGGAGCGCGAGCGCCGGCUGAGGGAGGAGGUGCCCUUCUGGCAGCAGGUCAUGUGCCGUGAUGCCAUCCAGCGCACCUUCACCUUCAAGGAUUUCAAGGAGGCCUGGCGAUUCAUGAAUCUCACUGCCGAAAAGGCUGAAGAGAUGGACCACCAUCCCGAGUGGUUCAACGUGUACAACCGCGUGGAGGUGACUCUGGCCACGCACACCUGCAAGGGCGUGUCAGAGUACGACGUGGUGCUGGCCAAGGCGAUGGAUCAGUUUGCGCUGCAAGCUGCGGCUGAGACGCUGGAAGCUGAAGAGCAGAAGAAUAAACAGUGA